GUAGCAAGUCUGACGUCAUGCAAUGGCGAUUUGAUAUGCGGUGUCGGGCGGGUCACCACUGAAACAUGUUGGCCUAUCCUUGUUGUGAACAGUGCUGCAUUGACAACUCUCUGCAUCGUGCUCUCGAUGGAUGCAUGUCAGUGUUUGGAUUAUAGCCCCGUGUCGUUUGUAUUGGGCGUGGACUGUGGCUACUUGCGUUUGUAAUCAGCGUCUGCGUCGUUGGAGUGUGCAACAGAAGCAGAGAUGAGUGGAAAGCAUGGAAAGUGAAGAGGUGGUCACAUGUUGUGCCUCGUGCCCGAUUCCGUCUCCUGUCCUGGUGCACUCCAAGCCGGCCUUGCCAUCUAGCGCGAUGCUCCAUCAUGCACGCCACUCGAGCCUGGACUUGCGAGGUCACGUUGGGCCCUUGCCCGGCAUAGCUCGUGCAGUCACGCCACCUUCGUCUGCGUCCAGUAACCACAUGCCACGGAGGCCUCACCAUCAACAGCACCAGCGUAAUCUGAGCCUGGACUCGGCCAUGCGUGUGCUGAGCCCUGCACACCACAGUGGUGGUGACACAGCAGACCGCCGCAGUUUGGCAUCGGACGACAGUGGCAUCUUCAACUCGGACGAUGGUGACCGGACUUCUCGCGUAAAUGUGGAGGCAGCCACUGGCACACUGGCUCCAGCGCCACCCUGCCAGUUGACAUUGCGGCCACCAGUUCAGGGGGUCAUUGAUGAGGUCCACUCACCAGUGCAGGAGGACAUGACGCUGAUGCCUUCUGCCGAACGGCUGGUGCCAAAAGACCUGCUGCUGCGGUUGUUUGAGUCUACGCUGUUUGACAUGCCUCUCGCCAUAGACUACCUGUUUCGUUCAAAAGAGCCUGGGGUGCUUGCAUACCUAGGCAACAGAAUGUUCAGCUUCAGUGAUGCCGAUGUGGACUUCUACUUGCCUCAGAUUGUCAGCAUGUAUGUGCACCAUAGUGACAUAGCAGACUCCCUGCGGCCCUACCUAGUCCAAAGGUGCAGCAAGGACACGGACUUUUCGCUGCAGCUGGUGUGGCUGCUGUCUGCCUUCUGCUCGGACCCCAAUGCACCUCCUCGGAAACGCUCCCAGGGGCACCAGCUCAAGCAGCUCAUACUUUCUGAAGAUUUCCGGCCACGUGUUACCGUCCAGCAAAUGUCUUCACUCUUGGUGGUGUCUUCAAAAAAGACCCAUCAGCGUUCCCUGUCAGAUGCCACUGGGAUGAGUGGUGGAGGGAGCCGGCACAUCCCCGAGUCUAGUCGCAAGGCAGCCCUACUGGGGGACCUGGGCUCGGGCCACGCCUUUGACAAUGGCUGUGCCUGCUACGACAGUUGCGAUGGCAUUGUUGGGGAUCUGCGUGGACGAGCCAAGGUGGAGUGCCACUGCCAGGCACCUCGCCUCACCUCUCAGAACCAGUUUAUAAAGACCCUCAUCUCCUUGGGCCUUAGACUACAAGCAGUGCCUACAAAAGAGCUCAAAACUCAGAGGCUUCAGGCCGAGCUUUCACUGGUCAACUUGAACUUGCCGGCACGGGUAUGGCUUCCUCUGCACUCGGACAAGUUUCCCCACCUUGUGGUGAGGGUGCCCCCACAGGCAGCUGCAGUGCUCAACUCGAAGGACAAGGCACCGUACCUCAUAUAUGUGGAAGUGGUCGCUGUGGAUGACAUCCAGACGUCACCUGUUCCUGCAAAGGUCCUCAACCCUCUCCGGUUGACAAGGUCAGAAGAAAACCUCCCCGACUACUUUGGUGUGCAACCUGCAGCAGUCUUCUCCAUGUGUGGCAUGGAUGAUGAUGCUGAAUGCUGGACCCAAGAGGAUGAUGAAAUCUCCAUGCAGUUUCUGCGGAAUCAGAAAGCACAGGAGCGAGACACGCUGUCGGUGUUGUCAUUGGACAGUGGGACUAGUGCCGACAGCAAGGAGCCCCUCUUUGUUGUGGCCAGUGACGUGCGCCGGCGGCUGUCGGAGAACUCGCAUGUGCCCAAGAAUACAGUCAAGCGUGAUCCUGAGGACCCAUCAGCGGCUGCCCUCAAGGAGCCCUGGGAAGAGAAGGUGCAGCGCAUUCGAGAGUCCUCCCCGUACAGCCACUUGCCCGGAUGGCAGCUGCGGGCAGCCAUUGUCAAGUGUGGUGAUGAUCUGCGCCAGGAACUCAUGGCUUAUCAGCUGCUCAAGCUCCUACAGAACAUCUGGCAGCAGGAGCAUGUGAGCCUGUGGCUUCGGCCAUACCGCAUCCUCGUAACGUCAGCUGACAGUGGCCUUGUGGAGCCCAUCCUGGACACCAUGUCUCUGCACCAGGUGAAGAAGCACUCACAGCUGUCACUGCUGCAAUACUUCGAGCAGCAGUUUGGACCACCAACCAGCGAGGCCUUUUUGAGUGCACAGCGCUGCUUUGUCGAGAGCUGUGCUGCAUACUGCCUCAUCUCGUACCUCAUACAAGUCAAGGACAGGCACAAUGGGAACAUCCUGCUCGAUGGAGAAGGCCACAUCAUUCACAUCGACUUUGGCUUCAUACUGUCCUCGUCGCCCAAGAACCUUGGCUUUGAGAGCUCCCCAUUCAAGCUGACGCAGGAGUUUGUUGAUGUGAUGGGCGGCCUGGACUCGAACAUGUUCAACUACUUCAAGGUGCUCAUUCUGCAAGGGCUGGUGGCGGCACGCAAGCACCAUGAGCGCAUCAUCACCCUGGUGGAAAUCCUGCAGUCCAAUGCCCGGCUGCCCUGCUUCCAGUGGCAUGGGGCCAGUGCUGUGCGCGCUCUUCGUGAACGUUUCCACAUGGGCUGCACCGACGAGAGGCUGCAGAUGCUUGUUGACUCGCUUGUGGAAAGCAGCAUGCACUCGCUCACGACACGUCUGUAUGACAACUUCCAGUACUUCACAAAUGGCAUUCUCUAGGCUGGCUUUCCUUGACCAUUGGCCCUCCUCACCAAGUUCUGCUUGGUGGCUGGAGGUGUCUGGAUUUAGUUCUUCCUUGCAUGCUCAACUACUACAUAGGGCCCCAGGUGUGCACCAAUACCAGCACAAAACACUGUUGACAUUCUUGUGCUAGCCCACUAGGUUUUCAGCAUACUGCAACAGGAAGGAGACCAUUGUGCAUGUGGGUGGGAUUCUCUGAAAGACCAACUCUUUCACAGUCGUGUUACUCUCACAGGUUUAUUGAGGGUUGGCUGGAGCUUGUCUACGAUAACCCUUCAAGCCUAUAACAGGAUCCCUUGCAUUCCCCUUUGGUGGAAGACAAUGAAUGGCAUCUGCUUUGAGUGAACUUUACGAGUCACUGCCAAGUGGUUAGUCUGAACAGCUUGUCAAGGCUGUGGCUAGCAGCAACUCUAGCCAACUUCCUGGCAUGACUUGUUUGACAUGCUUCUGUUUUUUACAGCAUUGCAACAGCUCCUUCUCUAUGAAAGCUGCAAGUAGGGCCAGUGACUAGCAAUGCAAGUAGGCCAGCAAAGGCCUGACAAGUCUCUCCCUCUUGUAUAUAACACUCGACCAUGCAGAAUGAUUUCAUUCUCUGUGCAUCCCUCGUGUGACACCAACUGUUUCUCAUGCCAAACACUUUUGGUGCAGGAACAAUACGAUGUCCCUUCAUCAUUUUAUCCGCAGCAUGACAGACUCGGUGUGACAUUUUGUCCACACACUGUUCUUUGUACAUAAUGUUCUUUUGUUAGGAAACCUUAGGUGAACAGCUUUGGUAACAAAAAGUAAAAUGUUUUGUUCUUUAAUUUGCAUGUCUGUGAACAGUUUUGCAUGUACAGAUAGUGAAGUACCUCGUGCUGCAGACAGUCUGCAUGGCUGAGCCAGAUAGCUUUGUGGAGUGUGUAUUAUGCAGUGGUUCUGUCGUUUUCAGUGAACACUCCAUAAAAGGUUUCUAUACAUAUUAACUCUAAGGCAUAGUUAAUGGUGCAACCUCUUAGUUUGCAAAAUUCCUCCUUUUGUAUCAUACUUUAUGAACAAAUCACUCUUUCUAUUCCAUCUAGGCUGCAUCAACAGAAUGUUAAUUUAGUGUCAGGGCAUUGCAAGCUUUUUUUUUUUUUUU